CCUGUGCUCUGUCACCUUUUCACUUAUUUGAAUGCUGCCAUGGAGGGAUCGCAUCUGCCCAAAAGCGACAACAUCACAGCAGAGAGCAGCGAUGCUGAACAGCAUCGUCCAGCGGCAGCAGCGGCUUUACUGUUAGAUGAAGAGCUCGAUCGCAACGUCAUUAAACGGCGACUGUCCUCAGAUGCCUCUACGAACGAAAAAGACGCCAAAAAGCCGCGAGAAUCCGUGCCGUUGAGAUACAUUGAUCCAUCGAUUCACCUCACAACGGUUCAGCGUGCCCCUGCCGCUCAUAACAUGGGAUGCGUGUUCUUAGAGUCCUUGAUCGGGGAUGCAGAUUUGGAGUUUAUGGUUCAGAUCAACUACAUGGUCGAUAUUGACUUCAUAAUGGCAAAGGUGCACGAGAGUAUUCGCGAUGAGCUUCGAACCAUUGUGUACCACGGUUUGAGACUUACACAGGACAAACUGCUGAGAAUGGAGACAAACACGCGACUGAAGUAUCCCAACAUCACCUUGCACCGAGUUCCCGUUCCUGGAAUUGGCACGCACCACACGAAGGCUAUGCUUUUGUUCUAUCGGGAUGGCGCGAUGCAAUUUGUCGUUCAUACUGCUAACAUGAUUGAGCCUGAUUGGAGAAACAAGACCCAGGCAGUGUUCACAACAGGCCGUCUCUCAAAGAAACCGCCGUCGUCUGCACUGCCAACUUGUGCAUUCGAGCGAGAUCUUUUGGAGUAUCUACAGUGCUAUCACAACUCUAAUGGAAUCGUUGGUCGAGUUUCACAGUAUGACUUUACUGACGUUAGGGGUGUUCUUAUCGGUUCGGUGCCUGGCAAGUUUACAGGGCUCACCAAGAACAAGUGGGGCCACUUGCGGUUACGUACCGUUCUGAGACAGCAGGUGGAGAUCGCGAAAGAGCACGUUCUAGGGUCGAAGAUUAUAUGCCAGAUCUCCAGCGUAGGUUCAUUGGGGAAGGAGUCGCAAGACUGGCUGCGUGGGGAGUUUGAGAUGAGCUUGAACGCCCACCGUAACUCAAAUUACAUGGCAUCGAGCAAGGGGGAUUUUACAGUGAUUUAUCCCACGGCAGAAAACGUUCGAACCAGUUACGAUGGUUGGUCGAUGGGCGGAAGUCUGCCAUUUAGAUCGACCAGCUAUAAUAAGCAGGCGCACUACAUGAACCCAUUACUGCACUCUUGGAGAGCCAUCAAGAGCGGGCGUGAGAGAUCCAUGCCUCACAUCAAAACAUUCACUAGGGUUACUAGCAAAGCCCAUGGCGACUACAUCUCAUGGUUUCUCCUUACCAGCGCCAAUCUCUCGAAACCUGCUUGGGGAACAAUGAAGAAUGAUGUGUUUGCAAUCCAGAGUUAUGAACUCGGUGUCCUUGUCUUCCCUGGUUUAUUUGAGGACUUGAAUGAAUCUGGCGAAAGCCUUCAGGUCUACAUGAUGAACGCCACAGUGGACGAUCCGUAUCCUGAGCCGCUCUCUCCACACCCCAGCAGCAGUGAUCAAGGUGAUCAAGGCGAAGAAAGUGACACAAAUGAUGACAGUAAAUAUACGCAGCACAGCAUCGGUGUAGUACCUAUUCGUUUGCCAUAUGAUCUACCGCUUAAGAAAUACGAGUUCCCAAGAGACCAGGUCUGGCUGAUGGACAAGUAUUUUCAGGGGAUGGACGACUUUGGCAGCACACUGGAUAUGUGAACGACAUAAUAAAGUUGGGUUAUUUAUGCUUCAGGGUAC